AUGGAGACUAAAUGUAUAUUGUCUUCGGGCAGAAAUAAAACGCUUGAUAACUGCACUUGUCAUGCGACCUUCAAUUCUCAGGGUCACGAUCUUCUUCACACUUACACCCCCUACAGCCCUAACAAAGCUGGUGGGAUAAAGCCAGUCCUCUCAACUUUCUUCUCCUUCUUCUUCUGCCUUUCUAUCCCCCAAUGGAGCAUAGGCCCUCAACCAACUCACACCAAGUC